AUGACGGACGGUACAGCUUCCUUGGCUGCACGCCCCCCAGCAGGAUACUCCUCUCAGGCGGGUGUCUUCCGUCAAUAUAUUCCAUCGAACUCCAUCAGCAGUAAUGGAUAUCCUUCGAAACAGCCGCUGCCGCUGCAGCCAAAUGGGGUACAAUUCGAGUACGGGAUGACCAAUCCAUACUCGUCCCAGAAUCAUGUCCUUGCUGCAGGCCCUCAAAAAUCUAGAAAUGUGCCUAACGGUAUUAACUCUGGAAACAAAAACAUGGAUUACUUGACCUAUGAGCUGGUUACAGAGACCAACGCCAGCACGCCUAAUGAUUCUACCACUACUUCGUUUCCAUCUGCCUCCAGCAAUGGAAAAUCUACUCCGCCGUCGACGAUCGUAAAUUUCAAUUCGGCCACUGCCUCUAUAGGCCCGAUCCCUUCUGAUGAGAGCUCUGAUUAUUCGAAAUAUCGCCCACGAUCAUCCAUCCCCUCGCGUCUUCCGGCGCCAAUAUACGCCCAACAAUGCGUGGUGGCAGCGUACUCAUCAAGGCUCAACCCCUAUGCCCUUCAUCGUAAAGAGCAAGAGGCUUUGCAGGACUACUUGUGUCACCUUCAUGUUACCGUCUACCUUAAUAUACGUAAUGGGAUUUUACGACUUUGGACCCGUAAUCCCAUGGUUAGUGUGACUAAAGAGGAGGCGCUGGGAUGUGCCAAAGACUACCGCUGGAUGAACCUUGCUUCGUUUGCAUACGAAUGGCUUGUGCGAAAUGGAUACAUCAACUUCGGCUGUGUCGAGAUUCCCCCAGCCUUGGUCCCCCCAAAGAAGGGCCGCCGGAGAGAAGGCCCCGUGAUUGUUAUCAUUGGAGCUGGAAUGGCAGGCCUGGGCUGUGCGCGGCAGCUAGAAGGAUUCUUCAAUCAUUACCAUGAUAUUUACUCUUCUCCCCGUGUUAUCUUGCUCGAGGGUAGGCGCAGAAUUGGAGGGCGUAUAUACUCUCAUCCGUUACGAAGCCUUCAGUCCUCUACGCUACCCGCGGGCCUUGUUCCGAAGGCCGAGAUGGGUGCUCAGAUUGUUGUUGGAUUUGAGCAUGGUAAUCCAUUAGACCAGAUCAUACGAGGCCAGUUGGCGCUUUCGUAUCAUUUGCUACGUGAUCUAUCUACCAUUUACGAUGUAGAUGGUUCCCCAGUGGAUGAAGCGCGAGAUGCAACAGCUGAAAGCCUCUAUAAUGAUAUACUAGAUCGAUCCGGGGCGUAUCGACACAAAUCGGUUAUAACACCGACGGCAGAAGGAGAUCGCGAACUUAUCGAUUCAGGACGUGACAUAACAACGAGUGACGGGGUCACAGUCAAACAGUACGAAGAGGCAAGGGCAGCCGGAACUAUUGGCCUACUGCUUCCAGCGAAACGCCUUCGUCGCGGUGUAGGCCACAAAACGGCAGAUAUCAAGUCAGCCGCAGCUCCCGCGGCGGAUCUUGACCAGCCAGAAGAAAACCCAACUGCCGUUGCCUGUCAGGCGAUGGGCUGGGAACUCAACAAAGGGGUCUCGCCAAACCAAACCGUUAAUCUGGACUCGGUUGCCGAAGCAUCAAGGACCCAAACCUUGGGUAACGCAAUGGACGAGGGCGUCCGUCAGUACCAGGAAAUGCUACCCCUAACUCCAAAGGAUUUGCGGUUGCUCAAUUGGCACUUUGCAAACCUUGAAUAUGCCAAUGCCACCAAUAUAGGCAAUCUGAGUCUUUCUGGGUGGGACCAAGAUAUGGGGAACGAGUUUUAUGGACCACACUCGCAGGUUGUCGGAGGAUACCAGCGAGUACCUUACGGACUAUGGCAGCACCCAACGAAGCUCGACGUCCGCACAAACAAAAUAGUCUCGCGUGUUACAUAUGACACUGCCGACAAACACAAAACGGUGGUACAUUGUGAGGACGGUGAUUCAGUUGCCGCAGACAUGGUAGUCUACACAGGGUCUCUAGGUACCUUGAAGCACCGAUCUGUGCAGUUUUCUCCGCCUCUACCUGGGUGGAAACAGGGAGCAAUCGAUCGGCUUGGCUUUGGAGUGAUGAACAAAGUAAUAUUAGCAUUCGAGCAACCUUUCUGGGACACCGAAAGAGACAUGUUUGGCCUUCUACGUGAGCCAAAUAACAGAGAAAGUAUGAUCCAAGAGGAGUAUGCCGCAAAUAGAGGCCGCUUCUACUUGUUUUGGAACUGCAUGAAAACCACCGGGCUUCCGGUUCUGAUUGCUCUAAUGGCUGGAGAUUCCGCUCAUCAAGCGGAACGUACUCCUGAUGCUGAAAUAAUUACUGAGGUCAUGAGUCAGCUGCGUAACGUUUUCAAACAAGUCGCUGUUCCCGAUCCUUUGGAAACUAUCAUUACCCGCUGGGCGAGCGACAAGUUUACCAGGGGAACCUACUCCUAUGUUGCAGCAGACGCACUUCCAGAAGACUACGAUUUAAUGGCCAAACCAAUCGGAAACUUGUACUUUGCAGGCGAAGCCACCUGUGGCACUCACCCGGCCACCGUCCACGGCGCAUACCUCUCAGGACUACGAGCAGCAUCCGAGAUCAUCGACUCCAUCCUAGGCCCUAUCCCGAUUCCAAACCCUCUCGUCCCAGAAAAGAACAAGGCCACAAACUCAAGCAUGUCCAAUGGCACACCCCUCGGCACCCCGCACAUCCCACUAGACACCGGAACGCCAGAAAUCCCAAUCCAACAACAACCACAUCCACCAACAUCCAACUCUGGAUCCGCCUCCCGGGCCUCCUACGACCAGGCCAUGCUCGCAGCUAUUUACACCGAAACCGGUCCCCCCGUCCCCCGUCCGGCCCGCACAGGCCUUAACCCCUUCCUCCUCUACCAAAAAGACUUCUGGCCCAAAGCCCGCGCUCAAUGCGACGCCACCCACCAACUCGAAACCAACAACCCGUCCGCAAAAGCACCCCGCGAUUCUGUCCGUGCAGCCCUCGGCCUCAUGUGGCGCCAAGCUCCCGAGGAAAUAAAACGGCCGUACCUCGAGCAGGCGGAAGUCAAUCGGCAAACAAAUGCCGAGAUUGCGGCGAAAUGGAAGAGGGACAACGCCGAGUGGGAGGAGAAAUCGGCUGCGGCGAAGAAGCGCUGGCGAGAGGAGAAUCCGUUUGAGAGAUGGCUUGCUAUGGAGGCGGGUGAGCCGCCUAGUAAGAAGGUGAAUAAUUCUUCUUCUGCUUCUUCGUCUUUGAAGAGGGACGUGGCUGGAGCACCUAUUGUCACCACCACUGCUACUCCGUCUGGGUUACCCUCUCAUUUAGCGGGAACGGGCAUGCAAAAUGGAACCGCCAACGGAGCUGUCAACGGCGCUGGCAAUAUCGCGAAUAUUCCUACGACUACCACGAUAACGAAUGGUAUUGCAUCAGCGCCAGUAACGAAUACGUUUCCUUUCUCGAAUACUCAACAGACUAGCUUACCGCAACCGACUGAUCAGCCGAACCAUAUCAAUUCUCAAUGA